AUUCAUUGUCUUAACAUGGUUACCAAAGUCAUUGUUGUUUGCGUUUUGGCCGUCCUACUCUGUGGCCAAUACACAGAGGGCGUGAACAUCAUCUCCAAGGCCCAAUGGGGUGGUCGGGCACCCACCUACCGCGUUGCCCUAGGCAACUACCUCAACUAUGCCAUUAUCCAUCAUACCGCCGGUGCCUACUGUGAGACCUUCGCCGCAUGCUCUCAGCAAAUGCGAAAUGUUCAGUCCUACCAUAUGGACAGCCUAGGCUGGCCCGAUAUUGGUUACAACUUUUUGAUUGGUGGUGAUGGCAAUGUGUACGAGGGGCGUGGCUGGAACUCGAUGGGAGCUCAUGCAGCCGAAUGGAAUUCCUGGAGCAUUGGAAUUAGCUUCAUGGGAAACUACAAUUAUGAUACACUGGAACCGAAUAUGAUCUCUGCUGCCAAGGAGCUGCUCCAGGAUGCCGUUAAUCGUGGUCAAUUGAGCUCUGGAUAUGUGCUGUAUGGCCAUCGCCAGGUCAGCGCCACCGAAUGUCCUGGCACUCAUAUUUGGAAUGAGAUCAGGAGCUGGACGCAUUGGUCAGCUUAAGAAACAAAGUUCCAAAUAAUAAAAAAAUGCAUUGAAAAUGAAUUCUGUUUAAACAUA